AUGGCCGAACCCGAGCGUGCUAGCGACCCUGCUACGACGCAACCAACACAGCCAACGACGCAGCCGGAGACGCACCAGAUCGCACCAGCUCAAGCUGAGCCAAAGACAACGAUCGGCAGUAGCAAUGGAAGCUCCGACGUGGAAGAUGAGGAGCGCGGAGAGAGAGACCGCAUCGAUCUCCAGAACAACAUAACCGCAAAAACAUGGAAACAGAGACUGACAAGACGCGAAAAACAUAGAGUGCAAAACCCGCUUGCAGACAUCCCCAAGAGACGGCUCCUCAGUGACGUUGACGAGUUCGCGACCAGGUAUGGGAUGGAAGACUCCCUGCCUUUGCUGCGAAAAGGUGCUCUCAUAGCAAGGGAUCCAGCCAACUUCGAGACCGUCGAGGGCCUCACGGAGGAUGAACGAGAGUGCAUCCGCAGAGAAGUCACUCAUAAGUGGCAUCAGCCAUGGUCGAUGUACUUUACCAUCAUCCUGUGCUCCAUUGGAGCUGCCGUUCAUGGACCAUACAUCGGUUCGGCUCUAUUUGGUUGCUGGCUUUCUGACCCUCUGAACCAGUACCUCGGUCGUCGAGGUACCAUUUUCAUUUCCGCCGUUUUCUGUGUCCUGACUCCUAUUGGCUCCGCUGUGGCUCAAACAUGGCAACAGCUGUUGGCAACUCGUCUGCUGCUCGGUGUUGGAAUGGGCACAAAGGCUUCGACAGUUCCGAUUUUCUGUGCUGAAAACACCCCUGCUAUCGUCCGUGGUGGUCUCGUCAUGAGCUGGCAGCUAUGGACUGCGUUCGGUAUUUUCCUUGGGUUUACCGCUAACCUUGUCGUUAAGAACGCUGGAACCAUUGCAUGGCGUUUGCAAGUUGGUUCUGCUUUCAUCCCGGCUGUUCCUCUCGUUGCUAUGGUGUACCUUUGCCCCGAGUCGCCGCGUUGGUAUAUCAAAAAGGGCAAGAUUUCCAAGGCAUAUCACUCUCUCAAACGGCUGAGGAAUCAUGAGAUACAGGCGGCGAGGGAUCUCUAUUUGAUCUACUCUCAGAUUCAAAUUGAGACAAAACUCGCGGGAGAUAGCAACUAUGUCACCCGCUUCAUCCAGCUCUUUACCAUUCCCCGGGUUCGACGUGCGACUUUGGCUUCGUUUGUGGUUAUGAUUGCUCAGCAGAUGUGUGGAAUCAACAUCAUGGCCUUUUACUCGUCGACAAUCUUCAAGCAAGCAGGUGCCAGCGAAUCCGAAGCUCUCAUCGCCUCGUUUGGAUUUGGAUUGGUCAACUUCGUCUUUGCGUUCCCUGCAAUCUGGACAAUCGACACAUGGGGCAGACGUGCUCUACUGAUCUUCACUUUCCCACAGAUGACUUGGACCCUACUCGCUGCUGGUUUCUGUUUCUACAUCCCAGAGGAUAGCAGAGCCCAUCUUGGUCUUAUCGCCUUCUUCGUCUUCCUUUUCGCCGCCUUCUACUCUCCCGGUGAAGGACCGGUACCCUUCACUUACUCUGCGGAAGUCUUCCCCCUAUCUCAUCGUGAGGUCGGCAUGUCCUGGGCCGUGGCUACCUGCCUAUUCUGGGCAGCAGUCCUUUCAGUGUCUUUCCCCCGUAUUCUGCAAGCCAUGACCCCAACCGGUGCCUUUGGCUUCUAUGCUGGUCUGAAUGUUCUCGCCCUAAUAAUGAUUUAUCUCUGGGUCCCCGAAACGAAACAGCGCACCCUCGAGGAACUCGACUACAUCUUUGCCGUCCCCACAACGACGCAUAUGCACUACCAAGUCUUCAAGGUCCUGCCUCAUUUCUUCCGCCGCCAUAUCCUGCGCCAAAAGCAUGCGGAUCUCGAGCCCUUGUAUAAAUUUGAUGAAAUCCAUAGAGAUGAUGACAGCGAUGUCCACCACAGCGUCCAGGUUGACAACGGCACAGUGGCUGAAAAGCUGUAA